GAAACGAAAGCGAAAGUGUGAGUUUACACUGAAUGAGCAGAACUUCCGUCUUAGUGCCGGACUACCGCAUUCAGUGCCGGACUUCAGGGGGAUCAACAUGGAGAACUACCCUUAUCCACUACUCGUGGAGGGAGAUUGGUCCUCUGUCAACGCUAAAACACUCCAAAGCAAAGUUCACAUUUAUUUUCAGAGCAGAAAGAAGUCUCAGGGAGGAGACUGCGUCAUCAAAUUGUCCGAUCGGAGCUGUACGGUCUUCUUCAAAUCAGAAGAAAUCCGAGAUCAAGUUCUCGCUAAGGCUGAGCAUGCAAUACUCAUCGAGAAACAGGAGGUGAAGCUGACGGUGUCCAAACCGGAUUCAGAGGCAGCUAAAACAGGAAGUGAUGUGUCAGCGGGAGCUCUGCAAACAGCUGCGAGGACAACCUGCAGUGUGCGAGUGGAUAACGUACCUGCUGAUGCCAUCACCAACAAGGAACUUCUGGAGCUGUACUUUGACAAGUGGGGUGGACCUGUAGAGAAAAUCAUCACAAAUCCAGAGGAGAAAACCAUUAUUAUUACAUUCCGCUCACAAAAUGCUGCAAAGAGAAUUUUGGAGAAGACCGAUCACACUUUAUUCAGUCAGCCAGUCACCAUGCGCCCAUACCAUGGUCUUGAUGUGAGUCAGACUGAAGCCAGUGAGGGUUUGGAAGACACUAAAUGGUGCAGUGCUGUGGUUCUGGAGAAUGUUCCGGAAGACAUUAACCAAGAGUACCUCAGUCUUUUAGUGGGAAGUAUCGGCAAUCAUUCUGAAGAUGAAUAUUCCUUAGAGUUAAUUCCAGAAUCAAGCACUGCUGUUUCAACCUUUAAUGACCCCAGCGCUGUAGAAAAGUUUCUUACAGAAUGUGGAAAUAACAGAACGUUCCAGAAGUACGGUCUCAAAGCCCGGCGCCUGGAAACAAGUAGACGCGUUAAAGUGGAGAACCUGCCUGCUCAGUGCAAUGAUGAAUUUCUAGAACUUUACUUUGAAAAGCAUGUAGGAAAAGUGGAAAGUAUCAAGGCAAUGGCAGAUGAGCAAGUCGCUAUCGUCACCUUUAGUGAUCAACAGGCUGUUCAAAAAGCCCUGGGAAAAAAACACCUUAUUCGCAACACCCAAGUUGAUAUAUAUCCAUAUUACACCUCCUUGGGUUCCGCCUUGUACGGCAAAGACAGACCAGCAUGGACCCUGCCCAAACCAUUUACAGAUAAGAUCCAUCCUGCCAUCAGAGAAUUCCUCCAGAAGAAGGGACAAAUCUCCUCCAUCUGUAAUCAGAUGAGCUCACACUUCUGCCAAGUAAACAUGGACAAUGAUGAAGUCCUGUUCAGUCCUCUUCCUGCCCUGCUCAGACAAAAGGGUAUAACCAAAAAGCACAUAGACAACUGGAAGCUAGACACCAUAGAUGCUUUCAAACACAUCCUCUCCAGCUUUGGUGUUUUUGAGUAUGCGGUGAUCCCUUCAGUAUGGACUGCAGUAGAGAAAGACAUCCGGUCAGUUGUAAAAGAUAAAGCUGUCCUGGAGGUGGAUUUCUCGACAGGAUGCCUGACUCUGGCAGGAAUGGCCAACGAUAUUAACAUAUUGAAACCGAUAUUGGAGAAAGUUUUAAAGGAAGCAUCACUUCAGAUGGAGAGAGACAUGAACAAGACCUCCAGUAGCAUUAUUAUGUCCACUGGCAUAUUCUUGUUAUUUCAGCAAGAGGGACUGCAACACAGUGCUUCAGCCAAAUAUCCACAGCUGGAACUCAUGUACAAAAAAGACACCAAUCAGUUAACGUUAACUGGGCUUCCUGUGGAAAUUAUUGACAUCAAGAAUAUGAUCUUAGAGAGGCAAUUGUGCAUGAAAGAGAAGAUCCUGAAAAUGGACUCUUCAUUACUGGAGUUCUUGAGAUCUGUGGACUCUGAGGAAAUGUCAGGAGAUCUGUUCAUAUCCAAGCGAAUUAGUGCAGUCUACAGAUUUGAAAAUGGGAACAUUGUUUUGACCGCAAGUACAGACAAAGCAUUGACUGAGGCUGAGGAGAAGCUUUAUACAACACUGAUAUUCCAGAGCCUUUCUGUAGAAGACCAAGAUCUGCUUGGUAAGCCAGAAUGGCAAGCUCUCACUAAUGAGCUGUAUGGUACAUACAACUUAUCCAGGAAGAAAACAGUGCUCAUAAAAUCCUCAAGGAACGGGGUUGUAGUCUGUGGCUUUCAGGAACCGGUUAGAGAGGUUAGUAAAAGUCUGGAGCAAUUUAUUGAUGCACACUCAAGGAUAGAAGAGGCAGUUCGUGUCCAGUCUUAUGCCGUGGUGAAAUUCAUCAGAGAGAAGAUGCCGCAGCUUUGGCAGAAAUUUCAAAAGGGUGAUGAACUGAACAUAAAGUUUGACUCAAAAAGGCCAUUGAUUCGAGUGUCUGGAGAGCGUAUUCAUGUUCAGCCUGCACUAAAUUGUUUUCAGAAAAUUGCAAGAAGUCUCCACACUGAUAGAUUAACAAUUAGAAAAGCAGGAGCCAAAAAGUAUUUUGAGGAACAGGAAGCCAUGGUCAUGAUGAUGAUAAAGGAACAAAGAUUUGUGGUUGUGCUUGAGGAUGCUUCUAUGGAGGAAGAGGAUGAGGAGAGUUACAAUGAGGAGAGUGAUGUUGAAGGUAGAGCGGAAGAUUUUGGACAGCUUUUCUGUGAGGUUCAGGCUCCUGGUGGGAUUGUCAUCAAAGUCCUGAAGGCUGAUAUCUGCCAAAUUAAAGUAGAUGUUGUGGUCAAUGCUGCCAACGAGGACUUAAAGCACAUUGGUGGUUUAGCAUUAGCACUUCUGAAUGCUGCAGGUCCAUCUUUACAACAAAGCAGUGAUCAAUAUGUAGCUAAACAUGGGAAACUGCUACCUGGGAAUGCUAUUACCACAGAAGCAGGCCACCUGCCAUGCAAAUAUGUAGUGCAUGCUGUAGGUCCCCGCUAUUACAGUACUGACAAGUUUACCGCUGUGAAGAAACUCAGACAGGCUGUGAGGGAAAGUCUGAACCAAGCUGAAUUUAAGAGGUGCUCCUCUAUUGCUGUUCCUGCUAUCAGCUCAGGGAUAUUCGGCUUUCCCCUCGACCUCUGCACUGAGAAGAUUGCUGAGGAACUACAUGCAUACGUUGAAGACCAAACACGCCAAGGUGGCAGGAACACACUGAAAGAGAUCCACUUGGUGGACAAUAAUCCCACAACUGUCAGUGCCAUGGCUCAGGCUGUUAAAAAGGAGUUUUCAGACUUCAAACCCAGAAUGACAUUUCCACAGCAAAUGGGCCGUGGCAGUGGUCACCGUACUCAUGGUCACCACGGUCAGAAUUAUCGUGGUCAUGGAAACCGAGGUCAGGGAUAUCGUGGACAAGGUGCUGGUACACAUCGAGACAUGGUGGCAAGGGGUAAUGACUCACGAAUGUACAGGGCAAAAGAUUCUGAGGAUUUUGAGACACAAAGACAGCCAUACUCAAACCCACAAUUGAGAACCCAAUUUGAGGACAAGGCCAGGUCAGGGUCAGGGUUUCUUGAAACUCAGUCCACAAAAGAAGGACUGAAAAUCAUACUAAGGAAGGGGAAUAUCCAGGAUGCACGUUCUGCUGUAAUUGUCAAUACCGUCUCAGAAGACCUGGACCUCAGUAAAGGUGCCGUCUCCAAAGCACUACUCAGCACCGCUGGUCCUCAACUACAGGCUGAAACUUAUUCUCAUCUGAAAGCAUUUCGGACUCCCAGUCCGAAUCAUGGAGACAUAGUGGAAACUAAGGGCUAUAACUUAAAUUGUCUAAAGGUCUUCCAUACAGUUUGUCCAUUUUGGAGUGGAGGGCAUAGAUCAGAAGAUGAGAUUCUCAAAGGAAUCAUUCAAAAGUGCCUGAUAAAAGCAGAGAACCAGAAAAUGGCUUCGAUUUCAUUUCCAGCCAUCGGCACGGGGAACCUUGGCUUUCCCAGAGAUGUUGUGUCCAGAAUUUUCCUCAGUGAGAUUCGUGCCUUUAGUGCCAGAGUUUCUCCUCAGUACCUUAAUGAGGUGACCGUAAUUGUGCAUCCGUCAGACAGCGAGAGUGUCCAGUGCUUUGUAAAGAGCUUCAGAGGUGAAUGGCAGGGUUCCACCAUGAAAGGAGCACAUGCUGUUCAGCAAUCACCAGCUAAAAAACCACCUCAUGUUAGAUCGCCACAGUCUGCUGCAGGUUUCAUUGGAGCAGUUUCUACUCCUAGUCUUGGAGUGCACAAAAUGCAGAUAAGGCAUCUGACUCUGGAGGUGUCUUCAGGUGACAUCACCAAAGAGAGCUGUGAUGCAAUCAUUAAUUCCUCCAAUCAGUCGUUCUCUCUGAAAUCAGGCGUUUCCAAGGCCAUUUUAGAUGCUGCUGGGUUAGCAGUGGAAAAUGAAUGUGCACAGAUUGUGGCAUCACAAUCUCAGCAAGCAGACAUGAUCUGGACAUCAGGAGGACAACUUCCAUGCAGACACAUUAUUCACAUUAUAGGUCGAAACAAUCCUGCAGUCAUCAAGGAUGUUGUUUACUCCGUUAUAAAAUCCUGUGAGGAAAAAAAGUUCUCCUCUGUUGCCUUUCCAGCCCUUGGCACAGGUCAAGGUGGGGCCCAGCCUUCUGCUGUUGCAGACGCCAUGAUUGAAGCCGUGAUCGACUUUGUGAAGAAGAAAAAAGGCACGCAUUUGAAAAUGGUAAAGUUCUUGAUAUUCCAGCCAUCCAUGGUGUCUGAUUUCCACCAGAGCAUGCUGAAGAAGCAGCAAGGAAGUGUCGAGGAGGAGGGUGGAAUUUUUGGCUGGGUUAAAGGUACAUUUGGUGCUAUGACCAACUUCUUUACUAGUGGUGGCUAUGCAGAAGCAUCUGCAAAAGAAGAAUUUGUGUUUCUGGGUGAGGAGUUCGAGCCUGUCGUGUUUCAGCUGUGUGGAGAGAGUGAGGAGGACCUGAACAAGGCGAGAAACCUCAUCACCAGCUUCAUUGUGAAGGAGCAUGUAAGCUCAAAAAUCGAGGACUCGGCCAUCAGCUAUUUCAGCCAGGAGGAGGCUGACGUGCUGAGCAAACUGCAGAGGGAGCUCACGGUCAGCAUCCAACUCUCAAAGAGCGGCCCUGAGCCGGCGUUCACUGUGGAGGGCCUGACACGAGACGUAGUAAAGGCUGAGAGCCAAAUCCGUGACAUGAUCCGUAAAGUGGAGAAGAACAUGACACGCCAACGUGAAGCCUUUAUACUGAGCAGUCAAGUAGAGUGGCAGUAUCAGGACCACAGUGGGAACUUAGUGCCUUUUGAUAUUUUCACUAACUACGACCUGGAACAGGCUUUUGUAAUGAAACAGCCUCUUGUAAAGAUCAACAUCAAUAAUGACCCAUAUGAUGCCAGUGUAGCCUAUGGGACGGCUAAGGGGAAACGUGGACAGAUUGAACUGAAGAGGACUGAUCUGAAACAACAAACUGUUUCUUUGCCCAGUAACUGGGACGACAUGAAGGGAAAUUUAGUUUUACGCGUUGCGAUUCAACAAAGCAGUCAGGAAUACACAGAUGUGGAGAAGCAGUUCAGGAAAACCGGACUGACAUCAAAUAUCCUCUCAAUUGAAAGAGUUCAGAAUGAGACACUUUGGAAGAACUACAUAAACCAGAAGGUGUACCUGGAAAAAAAGAACAAACACACAAACAAUGAAAAGCUGCUUUUCCACGGCACCGGCGCUGAUAAUAUUGAUAAGAUCAACGACCGAGGUUUCAAUCGCAGCUAUGCCGGGAUGCAUGGGGCCAUGUAUGGGAACGGUGUGUAUUUUGCUGUUGAUCCAUGCUACUCUGCACGAGGUUACGCCAAGCCUGAUCAGCAAGGUCACAAGCGCAUGUAUUUGGCUCGAGUGUUAGUCGGUGACUUUACCACAGGGAAACCUGGUCUUAUUGCACCUCCAGCCAAAAACUCCACCGGCACGGAGCAGUACGACAGCGUCACUGAUGGCCAAAAAUCUAUGUUUGUGAUCUUUCAUGAUGUUCAUGCCUAUCCUGAAUACCUAAUCACCUUCCAGUAAGGGCUAUGUUUACCCUGACUGUAUGACCUAUGCUUUUCCUGCAGUUUAUCACUGUUGGACUUUUAAAAUGCCAAAAACAAACAAACAAGCAAAAAAAAAAAUACAUACAAUACAUACUAUAGUGUGUGAUAUUGAGGGGGAAAAAAUCAUACACUUGAUUUUACAGAAUUAUUAUUUUUAACUAUAGAACACUAUUAUAAUGUAAUAUGGUCACAUAUUUACAGUUUCCUUCAUGAUUAUUGAAGCCACUUUCAAAAAAUGCAUAUGUAAUAAACAGCUCAUGUACAAUGCAAAUUUAUUACACCAGAAAUUGUGGAUUCCUUAUAUAAAUAAAGAAGUGUGCUGCA